AUGCACCACACUGAAAAUGAUAAAAAGCGGGCCAAUUUUUCGGCAUUGAACCCUAUUAAUGGAGCGAUUAUUAAAACGACAACCACGGGGAAGCCUGGUGAUGUUAAAAAACUUAUUAUAAAAAAUAUGAAAUCUUAUCCCUCAAUACCGGAAAAUUUUGAAGAAACUACAUGGAACCAACUACGCAAAGCGGUGAUUGCUAUUCAGACAUCUACGCCGAUAGAAUAUUCGCUGGAAUGCCUCUGCCAGGCGGUUUCGCACAUGUGUGAAGACAAGAUGGAUUCACAAUUGUACGUUAAUCUGACGGCCUUAGUAGAGCAGCAUGUGAAGGCAAAUAUUGUACCAUUUUUGUCUGAGUCUGGAGACAAGUUGGUAUAUCUUAAGAAAAUGAACGACUAUUGGCAAUCGCACUGCCAGCAGAUGAUCAUGAUACGUAGCAUAUUUCUCUAUCUCGAUCGUAUAUACGUCUUAAAUAACCCAACCGUUCACUCUAUCUGGGAGAUGGGAUUAGAACUUUUUCGUGAUCAUAUUGCUAUGAACAAUUUAGUUCAAGCUCGUACCGUUGAAGGAAUUCUAAUACUCAUUGAAAAAGAACGCCAUGGCGAUACUGUCGAUAGAUCACUAUUGAAAAGCCUUUUAAGAAUGUUGUCCGAUCUACAAAUCUAUCGGGAUGCAUUUGAACAAAAGUUCCUUAUGGCAACGAAACAUUUGUAUCAAGCGGAGGGACAGGCUAAGAUGGAAGAACUGGAUGUACCAGACUAUUUGCAACAUGUCGAUAAACGAUUAAAUGAAGAAGAAGAACGCCUGGAACAUUAUCUCGAUGGCUGCACUAAGCAUCAGCUAAUUGUAACCGUUGAGAGACAGUUAAUCAACGAACACGUAACUGGAAUACUGCAGAAAGGAUUGGAUCAACUUCUUGAGGAAAAUCGGCUUAACGAUCUAACUCGGCUUUACAAAUUGUUUUGUCGUGUGAAGAAUGGUACCACAGAGCUGUGUGCACAUUUUAAUGCAUACAUAAAAAAGAAAGGCCGUACAAUUGUCAUCGAUCCGGAGAAGGACAAAUCUAUGGUGCAGGAUUUGCUGGACUAUAAAGACAAAAUGGAUAAUAUUGUCAAUUCAUGUUUCGAAAAGAAUGAAAAAUUCGGCAACUCACUACGUGAAGCAUUCGAGUACUUCAUUAAUCAACGAUCUAACAAACCUGCUGAAUUGAUCGCAAAGUAUGUUGACAUGAAACUACGAGCUGGAAACAAAGAAGCCACGGAGGAAGAAUUAGAGCAGAUUCUGGAUAAGAUCAUGGUGCAGUUUAGAUUCAUUCAUGGCAAAGAUGUUUUUGAAGCGUUUUACAAAAAAGAUUUAGCUAAACGUCUGUUGGUUGGUAAGUCCGCCUCUGUUGACGCAGAGAAAAGCAUGUUGUCAAAACUGAAGCAAGAAUGUGGUGGAGGGUUUACUUCGAAGCUGGAAGGCAUGUUUAAGGACAUGGAACUAAGCAGAGAUAUAAAUUUUGCGUUUAAACAGAGUAUGCAAAAUUCGGAACAUAAAGAGCUUCAAAAUAUCGAUCUGACUGUAAACAUACUGACAAUGGGAUUCUGGCCAACUUAUCCGGUAAUGGAAGUAACACUUCCGCAGGAGCUGUUACAGUACCAAUCGAUCUUCAACAAAUUUUACUUAGCAAAACACAGUGGACGAAAGCUUCAAUGGCAGCCAACGCUUGGCCAUUGCGUACUUAAGGCACAAUUUGAUGCGGGACCGAAAGAUUUGCAAGUAUCUCUGUUUCAAGCUUUAGUAUUGCUACUAUUCAACUACAACGCUGCUAUCUCAUUCGAAGAAAUACGUGCCGCAGUUGUAAUAGAGAUUGGAGAAUUGAAGCGCACCCUGCAAUCACUUGCCUGUGGAAAGGCACGCGUUCUAACAAAAGUACCCAAAGGUCGUGAGGUGGAAAACACUGAUAACUUUCAUUUCAAUAACGAGUUCACCAAUAAGUUAUUUAGGAUCAAGAUUAAUCAAAUUCAAAUGAAGGAAACGACCGAAGAACAAAAGGCCACUGAAGAACGUGUAUACCAGGAUCGUCAGUAUCAAAUUGAUGCUGCGAUUGUGCGUAUUAUGAAGAUGAGAAAAACCCUUAGCCACAACUUAUUGAUCACGGAACUGUAUAAACAGCUAACCUUUCCAGUUAAGCCGGCAGACUUAAAGAAACGUAUCGAAUCUUUAAUAGAUCGGGAUUAUAUGGAACGAGAUAAGGAUAAUCAAAACCAGUAUAACUACGUUGCUUAA